CACAUUGACGGUUGGUAGACAGUUGGCGUUCCCUUUUUCUGCAAAAACAUAAGAAUGACACGCUUAGAUUUGAUGAUGAAAACGUAAAUGAAGACUCAUCGCCAUAGUUCUCUUGGAUGACAGCCAAAGCUAACACGUGACUAUCUCCUGACUGGCUGCGAGUACAUUCAGAUUCAGAGUAGUGUGAGAGAAUUACUAAGCAGCACCGAGGCUAUAUAAUGGGCCAGCGCUUGUGGAGAGUGCUCACUGAAAAGCAGACAGAGAUAAACGAAGGACACUUGACUGCGGCAAGAGUGUCAGUACUCCUCAUGGAUCACUGAAGAUUAGACGACGCAAUCACCGCACUCAACCAUUUUUUUCUCGCUUUCCUCCGUUGCGAAUCUAAAUUUAUUUUAUGCUUCAGUCGUUUCACAGAUUAUAAGUAGCAAUCGAGUUUGCAUCAUGAAUUUGCGUGUUUUCCCACUUUUUAUGCUUUUCGUCGCUGUGACUCCAUUUUUUUGCAAGGAGAACUUCCAACAAGAAAUCGAUGAGUACUGGACGAACAACCACAUUCAGGAAGACGGCUGGAUGUCCAGUGACCCAUUCAGAGAAAUGCUUUUGAGGAGGACAAGAAAACCACGGCCACAUCAGUUUAUCAGCCUAAUGGGAAAACGCUCAAUGGCAAAGACACAGAUUCCACGCAAAAAUGUGCCUGGCCGCACAUGCCUGAUUAGUCAUGACAUAGAUGUGGGUGAUGCUCCACCUGUGAAACAACACCCAUAUCGAAUGAAUCUUGUGAAGAGUGAGAUUCUGCAGAAGGAGGUGCAGUACAUGCUGGACAAUGACAUUAUAGAACCCAGUGACAGUCCAUGGAGUUCAACUAGUGUACUGGUACCCAAGCGUGGUGGUGGCUGGUGCUCCUGCACUAACAUGAAAACUGUCAAUGCACUGUCACGAGCUGACUCCUACCCUCUGCCGAGAGCGGAUGAUUGCAUUGAUCACGUCAGUCAAGCUACAUACGUGAGUAAGUUCGACCUUCUGAAGGGCUUCUGGCAGGUGCCGCUCGUGGUCUCUGUAAAGACGAUUGCGGCAUUUGCUACACCUGACGAACUGUAUCAAUACAAAAUGAUGGUGUUCAGCUUGAAGAAUGCCCCAGCAACCUUCCAAUGGCUUGUGAACAACGUGACAUCUGGUCUGGAAGGUGUCAAAGCCUACAUGGAUGAUGUCAUUGUUUACGCCAUGGAAAGAGGAUUCAGCAGCUCUUCGAGAGACUGUCGGCAGGGAAACAGACUGUCCAUCUUGCAAAGUGCGAGUUUGAAAAGGCCCAGGUUGAAUUCCUGGGGCAUCUUGUACGGCAACCAAUUAGUGGGAUGAAGGCUAUUGAACGGGCUGAUGUACUCUCCAGGGUGUAAAGUUUUGUUUGAUGUUUAGUACUUCUAUUGUAUUUUACUGUAUUUUUGUUUCUUUAUUUUCUGUUUAUUCUAUUUUCUAUUCUGUUUUGUCAUGUUUUGUGUUGCUUGGUUGUAUUACAACAGAAAGUUUCUCUGUAACUUUCUUUUCCUUGUGGGGGAGAGUGUGUGUGUGUAUUUUUAUUUUCCUUUCAUACUUUUAUGUUACUAUGAUGCGGUUCUUUUUUGAUGUGGAAUUCUGGAAUGUUCUGAGAGGUGCCUAUAUAAGAAGACUGAGAAGGACCGUCAACAGAGCUUCUUACCACCACUCUAAGGACAAGUAGACAAGUACACGCCACACUGCAUUUUGCCUUUCAUUCCCGGACAUUUGUUGACUUGGAAUAUUCGCUGGAAAGAACAUUUGCCUGGUUGUUCAACUCUGGUGACUAUUCAUAGUUUAGCAACU